GCCAAAGAGGGCCGGGGGGGAAGGUGCGAGUCAGUUGGCCAACGUUACGUGACGCAGACGAAAACUGAAGCGUAGUUAUCGACUAGCUAACAGACACCUUUUGCGUGCGUAAAUAACAUUUUAUAACAGCGCACAACGUAAACGAGCCGGUGGAAAACGUUAAAGCGUAACGUUACGUUACAAAUAUCGCGGAGAGGAUUCACUUUAUUUCGUCAACAUGAGAGGGGGUUCUUCCUACGGCGACCGUGGAAGAGACAGGCCACGGUUUGGGGCCAUGAACAGUCGCAGUGGACCCCCACCAAUGAAGUUUGGGAAUCCAGGUGACCGUCUUCGCAAGAAGAAAUGGAACCUAGACGAGCUUCCGAAAUUUGAGAAGAACUUCUAUGCUGAACACCCUGAAGUCCAACACAUGAGUCAGCAUGAAAUGGAAGAGUUUUGCAGAAAGAAGGAGAUCACCAUCAGAGGCACUGGCUGUCCAAAGGCGAUCCCUGCCUUUCACCAGGCGCAGUUUCCUCAGCAUGUGAUGGAUGUGCUGAUACAGCAGAACUUCAAGGAGCCAACAGCAAUCCAGUCUCAAGGCUUCCCUGUGGCCCUGAGUGGCAGGGACAUGGUGGGGAUCGCACAGACUGGCUCCGGAAAGACACUGGCUUAUCUUCUUCCUUCUAUUGUACACAUCAACCACCAGCCCUACCUGGAGAGGGGAGACGGCCCAAUUUGUCUAGUGUUGGCCCCAACCAGAGAGCUGGCUCAGCAGGUUCAACAGGUCGCAUAUGAGUAUGGCAGGUCUUCCCGUAUCAAAACCACCUGUGUCUAUGGUGGAGCACCCAAAGGACCACAGAUCCGAGACCUCGAGAGGGGUGUUGAGAUAUGUAUCGCCACACCUGGUCGCCUUAUUGACUUCCUGGAGAGUGGGAAAACUAACCUGCGGCGCUGCACCUACCUGGUGCUGGAUGAGGCUGACCGCAUGCUGGACAUGGGCUUUGAACCACAGAUUCGCAAGAUUGUUGAACAAAUCAGGCCUGAUAGACAGACUCUGAUGUGGAGCGCAACCUGGCCGAAGGAUGUUCGACAGCUUGCAGAGGACUUCCUGAGGGACCACGUCCAGAUUAACGUUGGUGCUCUGGAGCUCAGUGCCAACCACAACAUCCUGCAGAUAGUUGAUGUCUGCAUGGAGAAUGAAAAGGAUCAGAAACUAUUUCAGCUGAUGGAGGAGAUAAUGGCUGAGAAAGAGAACAAAACCAUUGUCUUUGUGGAGACGAAGAAGCGCUGUGAUGAUCUUACCAGGAGGAUGAGGCGGCAAGGAUGGCCAGCGAUGUGUAUCCAUGGAGACAAGAGCCAGCCAGAAAGAGAUUGGGUACUUGUUGAAUUUCGGAGUGGUAAAGCUCCAAUACUGGUUGCUACCGAUGUGGCCUCCCGUGGUCUGGAUGUGGAAGACAUCAAGUUCGUCAUCAACUAUGACUAUCCCAAUUCCUCUGAGGAUUAUGUCCACCGUAUUGGACGUACGGCCCGCAGUUCCAACAAGGGGACAGCCUACACCUUCUUCACCCCAGGGAACCUGCGGCAGGCACGAGACCUGGUCCGGGUGCUGGCGGAGGCCCGGCAGGCCAUCAACCCUAAACUGCUUCAGUUCGUGGAGUCGGGGCGUGGUGGAGGAGGAGGCGGUGGCAGAAUGCGUUACCGUGGCAGCAGCUCCAACAACUCUAACCACAUGUUCCAGAGGCAAAAUGAUCGCAGCAUGCAUGCUGGCGGUGGCGGUGGCGGUGGCGGUGGCGGCAGCAAGGACAGCCGCAGUAGCUUCGGCCGUGACAGCCACAACAACCAUGAUGGAGGCCGCUCCACUUCCUCUUUCAGGGACAGAGGCCGAGAUCAAAAGAAUAGCCACAGCGCUGGCUCAGAUCAGUACCAGAGUUACAGUAGCGGCGGGGGCGGGGGCUUCAACUCCCGCAACGGAGGUCAGGAUAAGUCCAGCCAGCCGCAGGGUCAGUUUAGCCAGCCUCUUCCUCCCCCUUCAUUAUCAGGGGGGUUGCAGCCUCUGAUGACUCAUCAGUUUGCUGCACAGCAGCAAGCGCUCAUGGGCUUCGUGGGGCAACCGCCGUACCCUUUUGCUUCUCCACCCCCUCCUCCUCCAGGCCCUCCACCUCCCAGGAAGUAGAAUUAGGAGCAGGAAGCACCGAGUUAAUUUGUGUUACUUAAUGUGUUCAAAGUGUAAUUUUCUUUUUACUCUUUUUUUCAUCUCCAAGAGGCGGAGAUUUAAAAAGAAAAAAAGCAUAUAGCUAAGGAGGUAAGGGCUUAUACCAUUCAUUACUAAACUUAAAACUUUGACCGUUCUUUUUUUCCAACCUCAACUCAACCUUGUACCAUGGAACACAUUUCUUGUUGUCAUUUCAUACAAACACUACAGCAGGGAAUUUCAUCAGUUUAUAUCCAUCAGCUGUAUUAGGAUUUGAUGACAAUGAAAACCAGGCCUCAGUGGUACGUGGUUGAAAGUGCUGGUCUAUGGGAAUGUUUUAUAGUUUAUACCGUCCCAGUCCAGAGUCAUGUCUUUCUCUCUGGUUUCAUUAAAGUUAGAUAUUUUUUUGUUUAAGGUUUUGACAAGCAUUAUAUUCUAAUUAUUGCAUUGUGUUUGUUUUUCUAAAUACUGAAGAGAUGCAUCCAAGUUGUGAAUCUUAUUUCAUACUGUUGAUACCAUGCAACCACAAUUCUUGUUUGGUUUUGUCUCUUUACUCGUUCCUGUCCUUAAGCAAGAAAAAAAAACUUGGUUCUAUUUACUUGUAACUCCCAUGUUUUAAAUAGCAGAUCAGAUAAUGCAGACCUAUUUUAGUAUGGAUUGUGGAUUAAAUUGUAGUUUGUUGCUUUGUUUUUCAUUCAUCUUGUAUUUUUCUUCAUAAAUAAAUAAGAAUCAAAACAA